GGCGGCCCGCGGGGCGGCGGGGAGAGGCGCGGCGGGGCGCGGGGACCAUGACAGAAGAUGACCGAGGCGGCGCUGGUGGAGGGCCAGUGGAAGACUAGGUGGCUGGUGCUGCGCAAGCCUUCGCCGGUGGCAGACUGCCUGCUGAUGCUGGCCUACAAGGACAAGUCAGAGCGUGCCAAGGGGCUUCGGGAGCGUAGCAGCCUGACGCUGGAAGACAUCUGCGGGCUGGAGCCCGGCCUGCCCUACGAGGGCCUGGCCCACACACUGGCCAUCGUCUGUCUGUCGCAGGCCGUCAUGCUGGGCUUCGACAGCCGCGAGGCCAUGUGCGCCUGGGACGCCCGGAUCCGCUACGCGCUGGGUGAGGUGCACAGGUUCCCCGUGAUCGUGGCUCCGGGCACCAAGCUGGAGAGCGGCCCUGCCACCCUGCACCUCUGCAACGACAUCCUUGUGGUGGCCAGGGACGUCCCCCCAGCCGUGGCGGGGCAGUGGAAGCUGUCGGACCUCAGGCGCUACGGGGCCGUGCCCAACGGGUUCAUCUUUGAAGGCGGGACCAGGUGUGGAUUCUGGGCUGGGGUCUUCUUCCUGUCUUCUGCCGAGGGAGACCAGAUCAGCUUCCUGUUCGACUGCAUCGUCCGAGGCAUCUCCCCCACCAAGGGCCCCUUCGGGCUGCGGCCAGUUCUCCCAGACCCGAGCCCCGGGGGCCCCGCCCUGGAGGAAAGGGUCGCGCAGGAGGCCCUGGAAGCCCUGCAGCUGGAGAAGCGGCUCAGCCUUCUCUCGCACUCCGGCCGCCCGGGCAGCGGAGGAGACGACCGCAGCGUAUCCAGCUCGUCGUCAGAGGCCAGCCACUCGGACGUCAGCGCCAGCAGCCGACUCACGCCGUGGCCAGAGCCGUCCUCGUCCUCGGCCAGCACGUCGCAGGAGGGCCCCGGGCUGGCUGCCGCCCAGGCCCCUGGGGAAGCCGCGCCGGGCGCCGCCAGGCCCACCCCAAAGCCGCUGCGGCCACGGCAGCUGCAGGAGGUCGGCCGCCAGAGCUCCUCGGACAGCGGCAUCGCCACAGGCAGCCACUCCUCCUACUCGGGCAGCUUCUCGUCGUGCGCGGGCAGUAGCCUGGACGUGUGGCGGGCUGGCGACGAGCUUGGCUCCCUGCUCAGCCUGCCGGCGGCCGGGGCCCCGGAGCCCAGCCUGUGCGCCUGCCCGCCCGGGGCGGCGGAGUACCAGGUGCCCGCCGCCCCGCGGCCGCACUACGACACGCCCCGCAGCCUGCGCCAGGCGCCCCGGGACCAGCCCCCCAUCGCGCCGGCCACCGCCCGGGACUCGGGGUGUACCCCUGGCUGGCCUGGCGAGAGACGGCGGGGACCGGCGCCAGAGGCGGCGGCAGGGGCCGGCGAGUCCUGGGAAGCGGGUGCCCCCCACGCCGGGCCCCCUCCCGCGCUCUUUUCCGCGUGUCCCGUCUGCGGAGGACUGAAGGCAGCUGCUGCCGUGCCCCCGGGGCUCCUGGUGAUGCACGCAGGAGCGCCGGGUCCUGGGAGGCCGCGUGGGGAGGCGCCCACCUACGUGAACGUGCCCACCAGCCCCUGCCCUGCCAAGCAGCUGCACUAUCUGGGCCUGCAGCUGCCGGAGGCGGGUGCGGGCGUGCGAGGGGCCGGAGCCUCCCGCUACGCGCUGAUUGACGUGCUGGCCACCGAGGCGGCGCACAGGGCGGGGGCCCAGCACGCGCAGGCCCGGGAGGAGCGGCUGCCCGCGCCCGAGCAGAGGCCAAAGGCGGCCCCGCGGUGAGGCGGCCGGACCACAGCGACGCGCCUGGACGGCGGAGGGAGCGGCCCCUGCGCCAUCGCGGCGGUCGGGCUCGGAACCGAGGGCCGGCGGGAGGUGCCGCCUGGACAGGUGUCCGCAGCGGCUCUGGUGGACCCGAGGCAGCGUCUGGCCAGCAGUUUCCGGCCUUGGGAUGUGACCUGCCCGCAACCUUCCCUGGAGGCGGCGGCCCAGUGAUGAGGACCCUCGUCUCCAACCACGACGGGGUGGGGGGCGUCCAUCUGCAGGGCGCCACCGUCCCGUCCCUGUCAGCACUGCCUUGCACCCAGAGGGCGUGGCCCUUGGGCCCUGCAGCGGACU